AUGUAUGACAACAUCUCUGAUUUCACAAGAUAUGAUGACGACCAUGACCCCGAACACGGUGAAGAAGAAGUUUUACAAACAUCCAUUAAGACAGGAAAGGUUUUAACACAAAGUCUCAUUAUUGACACCAAAGAUGGCGAAGUGGACGUUCUUCAAGAGCUGAAGAAAAAUACUUCUUCGGGAGGUGGUGGUAGGCAUGAACUUGAAAUAAAUGAGAUAGAAGAGAAAUUAGCCGAAAAAGCAGAUAAAGAACAUAAACACAAUAUCUCCGAUAUAAAUGAACUUCAAGCUACAUUAAAUAGUAAAGCGGACAAAAAUGAACUUGACGCAAUGAAGAAAGUUUUGAAAUCUCAUAAACACAAUAUCUCCGAUAUAAAUGAACUUCAAGCUACAUUAAAUAGUAAAGCGGACAAGAACCACGUUCAUUAUAUAACUUCAGACGAACAGAUUAUAACGGACUACCAUGGAUAUUUAACACGAAGUGAUGAAGCGAAGACAAAAAAUGUUAAUGAAAGAAGAUAUAAAUACAUUCGUGCUAAAGGUUAUGACAUAAGCUGUACUGUACAGUAUGAUGUAGCUAAAGCACCAGAAGCAUUUGGUUAUACCGGUGAAAUUUAUGCCUCUACUUUCAAUGUUAACGGUGUAUUAGUUGAACCAAGAUUUAUGUUAAGAGUUAAGGCAAAAAUAACUUUUGAAGAUGCUAUUAAAAGUAAAGCUGACAAAAAUGAACUUGACGCAACGAACAAAGUUUUGAAAUCUCAUAAACACAAUAUCUCCGAUAUAAAUGAACUUCAAACUUCUUUAGACAACAAAGCAGACAAAAAUCAUACACAUAAAUCCUUCACUACUGUUAGAGCAGACGACAUAAUAUUGAACUAUGAUUUGGGUUCAAGUGCACCUUUAGAGAAUCCGAGUACAAGCGUAAAAGAUACUCUUAACAAUUUAGAUAAGAGUUGCAGGAAUAUCGAAGAUCAUGCCAGAAACUUUGAAGCAUAUGAACUACCAUCAAUGUUAGAUAAAAAAGCAGACAAAAAUCAUACACAUCAAUCCUUCACUACUGUUAGAGCAGACGAUGUAAUAUUGAACUUUGACCUUGGUUCAAGUGCACCUUUAGAGAAUCCGAGUACAAGCGUAAAAGAUACUCUUAACAAUUUAGAUAAGAGUUGCAGGAACAUUGAAAGUCAUGCCAGAAACUUUGAAGCAUAUGAACUACCAUCAAUGUUAGAUAAAAAAGCAGACAAAACUUAUGUGGAUGCAGAACUAACAAAGAAAUUUUCGAAACCAGAUACAAUGACAUUUACAACAGAAAUUAUAAAUGGUGAACCAGCAACUCCAUUUGAAUUUGUUAGAGGUCUUCAACCGGAUACUUUUGAAUUUUUCUUGGAUAAUUCUAUUGAACUAACAUUACAUUAUAAAAGUGGAACAAAUGCAACAUUUCAUCCGGGAGAUACAUUCCAAAUGGUAUUUAAUGACAUAAGUUCUUUAGAAUAUGUUUAUAGAGUUAUGAGCAUAUAUGAUUUAAUAUAUCCUAUAGGAGCUGUUUAUACGUCUAUGAAUCCAAUAAAUCCAAACACUUUAUUUGGUGGUAGAUGGUAUGAAAUAGUUGACA